AUGACGAUAUCUGGUGCAAAGGGCACAAAUGUUAAUGUGUCUCAGAUUUCUUGCUGUUUAGGUCAGCAAGAAUUAGAAGGUCGUCGUGUACCAGUGAUGAUAAGUGGUAAAACUCUUCCGUCGUUUCGACCUUAUGAUCAUUCUGCACGUGCGGGAGGCUUUAUUGGUGGUCGUUUCUUGACCGGGAUUAAGCCUCAA